AUGUGGAAUAUGAAUAUUCCGUCAGAUCUCCUGCAAGAGAUACUGUCCCGCCUCAGUUUAAAAGCCAACAUACAAGCUUCCACUGUCUGCAAGACAUGGCGUGAAGCAGCUGUUUCUGUCAGAGAGUUACAACCUCACCCUUGGCUUUUUUAUCCACUAAAAGAACCAGAAGAGGGAAACUACAUUCUUUUUGAUCCAUCACGGUCUCAAACAUAUAAGCUUAAUUUCCCAGAGUUACAGGGCUAUGCAUUCUCUUAUUCGAGGGAUGGUUGGUUACUUGUGGUCACAAAUAUACAAAAAGGAGCAGUACCUGGUUUGUUUUUCUUAUUUAACCCAUUUACCCGGGAGCACAUUUACUUACCCACGUUGAAACCUAAAUCAAACGUUUGCUUAGCCUUCUCAGCCGCUCCUACAUCAAGUAGGUGUUUGGUGAUCUCGCUCAACGACUCUUACUCUAGGACCCCCUCAUACAUUCUGAUCGAUACUUGUCGGCCUGGUGAAACCGUAUGGACCACACAUAGAUAUAAGAACAAGCUCCCCCGUGGUAGAUGGAACGAUUUGAAGAUGUAUAUUCUGUAUCAGUUCGUGAAGUAUUACAGGAGGUAG